CUUCUAAACCCUUUAAACGCCGAAUGGAUACGUGUGUCUGGGAUCUGCAUAGAACUAAUUGAAUUUUCACAUUUUAAUCACCACGUUUUCCUCUUUCUUUACUUGUACACAGGUCAACAAUCACAAACAGUAGUGAUCUACGGGUUGUAAAUGUGGAAGCCAGUUAAGCGAAAGCUUCUUCUAUUUCCGUCAACAACCAUUUGAAUCAUUUGCGUUGUUAGGAUUACCGACUAAGGUGCUUAGUUGCGCGCUUAUAUUAAACAUCGUCAUUUGUUUCGGAGGUUUUUUAGGGAUGGCCUCUUUUUUUGAGCUGGUGCGUGAUGCACCACCAAUCGAAGUAUACGCACUAACAGAAGCUUGUAAUGAGGAUAGUGACUGCCACAAAGUUAACCUCGGUGUGGGUGCUUAUCGUACAAAUGAAGGCACACCAUGGGUUUUGCCAGUGGUUCGGACGGUUGAAUCCCUUAUGGCAUCUGAUCAAGUUCUUAACAAAGAAUAUCUUCCAGUAGCCGGUAUGGACAGUAUGUGUAAAGCAGCAUCGAAACUCGUCCUUGGCCAAGAUUGUGAAUUAAUUUCUACAAAACGGGCCGACAGCUGUCAGAGUUUAGGAGGAACGGGAGCGGUUUACUUAGCCUUGCAGUUUUUGUCCAGAAUUUCUGAAUGCACCACUGUUUACAUUUCAAACCCUUCAUGGCCUAAUCACAAGGGUAUUUCUCAGCUUGUUGGUCUGGCUGUAAAGGAAUAUCGGUACUGGAACUCUUUAGAUAGAGGGGUCGAUUUCUCUGGUAUGUUAGAUGACUUAAAUAACGCUCCUGAACGGGCCAUCGUCAUCCUACAUGCUUGUGCCCACAAUCCUACAGGGACCGAUCUGUCACGUGAUCAGUGGUUAAAAUUAGCACACAUUAUUAAGGCGAAAAAUCUCUUCCCCGUCUUCGAUAUGGCUUAUCAAGGAUUUGCUAGCGGAGAUUUAGACAACGAUGCAUGGGCCAUUCGUUUAUUUGCUUCGAUGAACAUGGAAAUGUUUGUGGCUCAGUCAUUCUCAAAGAAUUUUGGACUUUACAAUGAACGUGUAGGCAAUCUAUUAUUUAUCACAAAAGAUGCAAUAACUACUUCACAUGUAAAAUCUCAAGUUAAAUCGAUAAUUCGUCAAACUUGGUCUAAUCCACCACAACAUGGUGCACGAAUUGUUGCUACAGUUUUAAAUAAUCCUUCGUUAUUCAAUGAAUGGAAAACUUGUGUUGUCAUUAUGGCUGAACGCGUUCGUCAAAUGAGGCAAGGACUUUAUGAACGCUUGAGGAAGUUGGAGACACCUGGAAACUGGGAACAUAUUGUUACUCAAAUUGGCAUGUUCUCAUAUACCGGUUUAACACGUACACAAGUUCAAUAUCUGAAAACUAAACAUCAUUUAUAUGUGAUGAAUGAUGGUCGUAUCAAUAUGUGUGCAUUAACUACAGACAAUAUUGAUCGUAUUGCCGAAGGUAUACAUGAUGCUGUGUGUAAUGUAACUGAAUAAUUUAUUGAAUGAAAAAGAUAAUUAAAUUGUUAGGUGACAUUUUAGCAUUGUUAUUCCAUUCGUAUCAACUUUAUUUCCUUUUUAUCUUUGAGUAUACAUAUAUCCAGUGAGAUUUUAUUCUACUAACCUGUUCUUUUUUCAUUCUACUUCAUUUUUUUGUUUGUGUCUCAUUAACACUGAUUAAGUAAGUAUCAUAACUUUCAAUUUUGAUUGGUACCCUUUUCGAUGGUAGCUCCCUCCUUUUUUUUCAGUAUCCCGUUAAGCACCACCACCUAUUUAUUAUAUAACUAUUUUUUCAUAUGGUCAGUAUACAUUUGUAGCAUCUAUUCUUAUUCUUAUUGGUAUUAUUAAAAUUUUGAUGGUCUGUUUACCUUUAGUAUUCAUACAUUUGCAAGAGUUCUUAUCUUUCAAUGUACAGGUGAAUAGUUAGUUCUUUAGGAGAGGAUGGAGUAUUCACCAGUUUUUAAAAAAUGUCAAUUAUACAUCUGUUGGAUCAACCAUCUUA